AUGGCGACCCCCACCCCCACCGACCCGGCCCUUCUCCCACAGAAGCUUCGGCGGCUUAGCAGCCGGGCGCAGAAGCUCGAAGACUCCCGCGCGGAUCGUCUGAUCGCCUCUAAGCGCUCGGGUGAGGUGAUCUCGCGCGAGUCCUUGGCCGCACUUUACGCCCUCGCCGCGGGGCUGCACUCUCCACGGCUUGUCUUUCACGCAAAAGCUAUUGAAACGAGCCGGGAAAAGCACAUCACGACGGAACAAAUCUGGGGCCAACUGUCUGUCCUCCUCCGUCCGGUUUUACGCCGUUUGCAGGAUAACGUGCGGACUGUGGAGCGAUUUUACGGCUCGGCGGGGGGUCGAACUCGCGAAAAAGGCUCAAUAGGGACGAAUCCACACUGUGCGCCGCUCUCUGCGGAUAGCAAUGAGGCGGAAACGGAGCAGGAUGGGGAAAAUAAAUCUGCUCGCGCCUCUUCGGGCUCAUCGGUGGUUGAAAGUGACUUGGACGAGGAAAUUACGCAGUUGUUGAAAGAACGGCAGCGUCGUGUGGCCGCUCAAAACGGCAAAGUCCCUGGUAAAGGUACCACAAAGGAGGAUUGGCGGUUUGCUUUUGGCAAGGGUUGCGACGACGACGACGACAAUGAUGACUGGGAGAACAGCGGUGAUGGAAAGAAAAGACGAGGCUCUUUGAAUAGCGAGGAAGAGGAGGAGCUGGGUCUUGAGGACGACUCACACGCGCGUCGUGCGCAGAAGCGGAAUAAACGCGCAAUCAUGGAGGCAGAUGCCGAGGAUGACGAUAUUCGUUCGUCGGAAGCCGCCGAAGAGGAGCUGGCUGCGUUGCGUGAGAUGUACGGCGAAGAUUUUGACGACGACGGAAAAGGUCUGGAGGCUAUAGAUGAGGAGGAUCUCAUGAUUGAUCGUCUCAGCCAAGACGAAGAUGGCGAUCGGGAAGACGAAAACGAUGAAAACCUUUUUGAUGAGCAGCUUGAUGGCGCGCGAGCCCACGCCCGCGGGAAUAUGCUUAACGAUGAGAUGGGCGACUUUGAGGAAGACGGCUCACCAGACGCCGCGGAAAGCGACGUUGACGAAGAACUUCGACAAGCACUAGCCGACCCAAAUCUCACCGCACUUGAGAAGGAGCGCCUAAUUGAGAAAAAACACGUUGAGAAUCUCGAGCAGAAGCGGCUUUACAGCACGGAUUGGGCGAUGGCGGGUGAAACCGCCGCCAAUAAACGACCCCGUGAGGCUCUCCUUGACGUGCAGGAUUUGGAGUUCGACUAUGGCAUGAAGGCGCUGCCCGUGAUCACGGCGGAGUUCACCGCGAAGCUUGAGGAUCGAAUUCGACGUCGAAUUGUCGAGAAACAAUUCGACGACGUUGAGCGGCACACCUCCCUCACAACUCCCGACACCCUCGUCACGACCAAACGCGAUGCCGUGCUGGACUCGGCGAAAUCCAAACUUUCGCUGAUGGAUCUUUAUGAGAAGGCCUAUCUUGACAAGGUGCGCGCCGCGGAGGAGGCCAAGGGUGAGGCCCCCACCCAGGCUGAGCCCUUGACAGAGAUCGAAAAGGACGAGCUCCGCGCGAUUCAGAUGUGGCGCCGUCUGGCCCAGCACCUGGACGCGCUCAGCAAUUUUUACUUCACCCCGAAGCCGGUCCAGCAGGAGUUGGAAGCUCGCGUGCGCGCGGUCGAGCGCCAGGCGCCCGCCAUCGCAUUGGAAAGCGUCGGCAACUUCGCGGCGUCUCGUGAGGAUGCCCUGGCGCCGCAGGAUCUCUACCGAGGCUCUCGGCAUAAGUAUGUGGAUGCCGGGACGAAUGAGCUUCGGCCAAAGGAACGCCGUGCGCUCCGUCGCGCGAAGAAGGAUCAAGGAAAAAAGACCAAGGAUAUUAAGGCAAAAUUGCAUGCUCGGAAGCGUCCACAGUCACAGGAGAACUUAAAUAAAUAA